CGCCAACAGCAUCAUAAUAACAUCGAUAACCUCUCGAUUGAAAAUUAAAUCGUUAGUUAAUUUAAAAAACUAAUUUUUUGUUGUUAUGCCUCGUAAAAAAGUUUCCGUAGUGUGGGAUCACUUUAUUAGGCUACUUGAAGAAGGUAGUGUACAGUGCACGAUUUGUAACAAAAAAAUGAAGUUUUUCGGUAACACAACAAACUUAAAGGAACAUUUACGAAGAACGCAUCCCGACCAGUUGGCUGCACACGAUCUGCAAAAUGAAGGGUACAUACUUUUUGUGGAUGGACCAAAAGCAAAGCGGAUGAAACAGAUAAAACAAGACACAGAUGAAACUGCAGAAGAUAUUAAUAUAGAAGAGAUAGAACAGGAAAGUUUCAUGAUAAAAGAGCAUCCAUACUCAGAAAAAGAAUCGUUCACAGUCAGCAUUUCUCGACCAGAAUCGAUAAACAGCGAACCAAUCUUCUGUCUAGGUAGCGACGAUUUCAGUAAAAUAGUCGAAACUACAGGGUUCAUCGAUAAAUCCCUAUUAAUUGAAGAAUUAUUCAGAUAUAACUACUUGUUAAUCACAGCGCCGCACGCCUUUGGAAAAUCGACAAAUUGGAACAUGGUCAAGAGAUUCCUACAAAUUGAGGUUAACGAAGACGGACACGCGAAAGAUAUCAGACAAACUGAAAAUUAUAAAAUCUUCAGAGACAAACGGCUAGCCAUUACGGAAAGAGCGAAAUUCUGCAAAGAUCACAUGGGGCAACACCCUGUGAUAUCGAUAAAUUUCAAACCGUUGUGUUUCAUUCAGAGCUAUGAUGACAUGUUGAACAAAUUCAAAUUGGUGUUAAGGCGAAGCUUUAUCGAACACAGAUAUUUACUGAAAAAUACCGGGUUACUUUUAAGAUCGAGUAAUGAAUUGUUCCACAAAUACUGCGACCCCGCUCAGAAUUCAACUUUGACCGAACCUGAAAUUGAAAUGGGCUUUGUAUUUUUAUCGGAAAUGUUGUUUUUGCAUUUCAGAAAACAAUCUAUAGUUAUGAUCGAUAAUUUUGACUCGUAUGUAGACAGUUUAAUCAUGAAGAACAAUCCUGAUACCGAAAAAAUUAUUAAUUUUAUACAACUGGUUGUAAAAGAGAUGCUCAAGUCCAACCAGUUUGUGGACCGCGCUUUUUUAACAGGUGUCUUUCCGGUGUCCAGUUCGGGUAUAUCGACGGUAACGUUGAAUUUAAAGCAGUUUUUCUUCCUGGAUAACCAUUGUUUUUGCAAAUAUUACGGAGUUACCGUAGAAGAGUUGUCGGAGGUUUUGAAAAAGUUCAUCUCGGAUACAACCGAACGCGAAAAAACUGAAAGGAUUUUAGCUGAAUACUAUGGGGGAUAUUUGGUCCCAUCGCAGAAUAACAACAUUUACAACUUGUGGUCCGUUUUGAACUACUUAGAAAAUAAAAGGGUACCUUUAAACUACUGGUGCCAGUCUGAGCAUUACGAUUUGUUCAGGGAUAUUUUCGCCAUCAAAGAUAUAUCAGACGAGAUACAAUUAUUGUUGUUAGGCAUGUCAAGAUGUACGGAUAUUUCAAAAGCAUUGUCCGUUAUCAAUUUUAAAACGUUGGGCAACCUUUCGAGCCGCGAAGAAGUGAUUGCUAGCGAAAAUAUAUUUUUAAAGAUUUUAUACCACUUAGGAUACAUGAGUGGGAACGAAAGCUUAACACUGGAUCCAUCAGAGAUGUUUUUGAAAAUCCCCAAUUCAGAAAUUAGGUUAGAAUUGGCCAGGAUUCUUAAAGAUACGUACGUUCGAAAAUACGCCUUUAAAGAACGUUACAUCAGAACUCUGCAUUCCUCCGCAAAUUCGUUCAAUAUACAUUCGUAUGACGAAACCAAGUUCGAACAUUUUUGUAAAAGUUUGAACGAUUUGUUCUCGACUUCCAAUUAUUACGAAAGCCUCAAAGAAUCCAACGAUUUACAGAUCAUUCUCUUUACGUUUUUGGCGAGCAAGUUCUGUAUCACACAAUCGGAGAUUUAUAAGAGUAAUUUGAGUAGUUCAGUAGAUAUUUUGACAGUUAAUGACUCCGGAGUGGGCAUUUUUAUUGAAACGAAGAUACUGAAUGAGAAGAGGGGCGAUACCAAGCAAUCGGUAGCGACUGGAGCCCAUCGACAAAUUUUGGACAAAAAAUGCUGCGAGUAUUUCGAUAGGAACUUCGAGGCGACGAUGGGUAAAAUAUGUAUAGGUAUUUGCGUUGACGAGCAACGCAAAAUCAGUAUUGCUUAUUCUUAUAAUUUCCAUAUUGGAGAUGAAGUUGAUAAUCCUGUAUUUUUAAGUCUUGAGUAGUAUAUUUUGUUUGUGAAGUUUUUAUUUUAAUAAACUUUUAUUUUAAUUAUA